CAGCACUUCGCAUUCAGCCCCUCUAUUCACAUUUAAAUGAGGCGUUAUAAAUACCUACUACUGGCACUAUCGUUGCGCUUGAGGCUGCAUAACAAAUCUAGUACCAGUCUGCGCAAAAGUACAGCUCGGCUUUGUUUGCAGCAGGGACCGGCGGCCAUCUGUCCCAUUCACGGAGUGUAACGGUCGUGUGGAUUUACCAAACCUCGGGCAGUGUCUGGGUUAAACUUCUACAACAUGGCCCCCACUCACAAUAACAAAAAAGGACUGAGUAGAGACGAAGAUGAAUACUACGGCAUUAAAGUGGACAGAAAGGUAGGCCAAAUUGUCGUGUAUUGAGUGGUCUUUGGUUUGACUAAAUGUAGCCUCAUUUAUUAACGUGGCGGUGAAUUGUGUUUUUUUUUCCAGACCAGAAAGCCGUUGGUUGAGAAAAAGAGACGGGCUCGCAUCAAUGAAAGUUUGCAGGAACUCAGAGUUCUUCUCGCAGACACAGAUGUACGUUUUUGCACAUUUUAUGUCACUUUAUAUCACAUGUCCCCUCUCUUUGUGUAGCCUAUUGUCGUUGCAUUGUAAACCAGUUAUUUACAUUGUAGCCUAUCAAUCUGUCAUUCACAGUUACAAUCAAAGAUGGAGAAUGCAGAAGUGCUGGAAAUGACUGUAAAACGAGUGGAGAGUAUCCUUCAAAACCAAGCACAUGGUAAGGUAUAGGAUUAUUCACGCAAUGUUAUUAUGCACAUGGACAUUUUCAUCCAACUGGUAGAAUGUUCUAUGUGUUGGCCUAUGUCCUGUGAGUCUCAUUACUGUAUCUAUUUAGCUUCAUUUAUACCUGCCUCUAACAUGUGUCCUUCAUCCUGAUCUUGUCCUGAUCUUGACAUGAUCUUGUCUGUUUACACUUAUAGGAUCUGAUCACAAUCAGAUCACAAUGCGUCUUUUAGUCGUCUACACCUGUCUAAAAAUGUGGGCAACAUCAGAAUGUGGACAGGAUCAGGACAACGAAUGCAUGUUAGAACCAGGUAUAAACGGGGCUUCUGUCUGUGCUUUGUCAGAGGUAGACACAGUGAACCAUGAGGCAAGUGAAAGGUUUGCUGCUGGCUACAUCCAAUGCAUGCAUGAGGUGCACACCUUUGUGUCCAACUGCCCGGGAAUCGACGCAACUCUCGCGGCGGAGCUCUUGAACCACCUCCUGGAAUGUAUGCCCCUGAACGAUGAGGACAGACUCCAGGUGAUGCUCCAGGAUAUCAUGACGGACUGCUCCACUAACAGCAGCAGCACUUGGCCCAGUUCUGAGGGCAUUUACGCAGCACUGGUCUCCGCUGGAGGAAGGAGCAUCUCCAGCGGAAGCUCCUCAGCCCUCUCCCCGGCGCCCUCCACCUCCUCCAGUGAUGACCUGUGCUCGGAUCUGGACGAGACUGACUCUGAGCAGAGCCACAUCUCUGUGGACGCUGAGAACCAGGAUGUUCUGAACAUGCCCACAGUGGCCUAUUCCAAGUCCAUGUGGAGACCUUGGUAG